AUAAAACGACUUAUUUUAAUGGGAGUAAGCAGAAAUAAUUUUUUUCUCAUUUAACAUAGACCAAAAUGCUUCCUUUUGCUUUAAUUGGCUUUGUUGUUUUUUUCGCAACUGGUGGUAGCGCUGAUGAGUGCGGCGAAAUUAUGGUAAAGGGUUUAACCGAUGAAGAAAAGCAGUUGGUUGUUAACAUACACAACGAGAUUCGAUCGUGGAUUGUGCAAGGCCAAGUGCCAAACCAACCAAAAGGCAAAAACCUUUACGUCAUGGGAUGGGACGAUGCUUUGGCUUCCGAAGCGCAAAAAAUCAGUGAAACAUGCGUCAUGAAACACGUCCGUGUGAAAGACGAGCGGUUUUAUGUUGGCCAGAAUUUAGCAAUGUUGAACAGUACAGCUCCAGACAAUGAUACCUUCUUGGAACGCUUCGUCAUGAUGUGGUUUGAUGAAUAUCCAAAAUUCGAUUACCCAAAUCUAGCCAAGGGCACUGGACACUAUUCCCAAGUCAUUUGGGACAAAAGUCAGUACAUUGGUUGCGGAUACACAUAUUUUCACAAAAAUCGAAAAGGGGAUAAGUACCCGUAUAAAAAACUAUUCGUGUGCAAUUACGGUCCCGGAGGCAACAUGCAAGAAACACCCCCAUAUGAAAAGGCCCAAUAGCAUUUAUUUUUUCUAAAACCAGCAACUAUUGAGUUUUCUGUAAAAUUGGCUUUAACUGUUUCUGUAGAAAUUCCAAUCGGAAAGUUGUAUUUUCCAUUUUAAAUAAAAUCGAACCGCUGAACGUG